AGUCUUUCCUCUUCUUCCUUCAACCUCAACCUGAACUUCAACCUCCUCCGCCCUCCCCUCUCCUCCCUUCCUCCCUCCCUUCGCCUCGAUUUCGCUUCUCCGGUUUGAUUUCUUUAUUACUUCUGCUUCUCGACUCCUCCGCUCGGUCCAUACUACUCUUUCCAAUCGUGGCCCGCUCCUGUGGCCGUCCGCUCCUUAUCAUCGCUGCUUGACUUUCACGCCUGCUCGUUAAUCUUCGACCUCGCUCCCUCGCCUUGACCUUACUUGCGGUAUUACUUCUUGACUUUCUGUUAAAAUCCAUUGUAACACUCGCGGCCUUCUUCCCUUCUUCCGCUUCACCCCUUUUCCUGCAAUUUCAGAGAAAUUCUCCUUCCGAUCGCUGUUGGUGUUCCCUUGGACUGUUAACCCAGUUUGAGGAAAUCAAUGCUCUCCCCGCAAAUCUAAAGGCCUCCAGACGAACUUGGGCUUUCCAGUCACCGGAGGGGAAGUCGCGUUGGUCUGGAGGUCCUCGUGCGUCUGGAUCACCACCAACUGCUUACUACCAAUUCCCGUGCGCAGGUACGGACUGUUUUGGUAUUGCGCUCCCUACGAGGUCGGCAUCAUCGGGAGUCUAUCUGAUACAGUAGCUGCAAGCAAUGGCUUCCAUUUCUCUACCCGUACAGCCCCAGGCCACCUCGGCGUUUCCUCAUUACUUUGAAUCGGUUGACCGAGCGCCGAGCGGCCACAGCCGGCGUAACCAAAGCAUGUCCGCACCACUUCCAAAUCCGCCUUUUGUCUUCCCGGCACGGCAACCGGAUGAAGCACAAGACCAAACGCCGGGGACCAUGACCCAUACCCGACCGGCCCUUCCGGCUUUCUCUUUCAAUCCAGGAUCUACCGGCUCAGCUCAACCAUCGACUCCCGCCCCUUCCUCACACCGAGCGAGCGGCCAUCGUCGGCAGUAUAGUGAAUUUGUCGGCAGUGAGCACUUGGUUACGCCUGGAAAUACUACUGCUGGUCAUACGAAUGAUGAUGGUUUAACGACGCCCGUGAAAUUACCGCCCCCUGGACCCGGCUUUAGUGCAGCGAACCGUCGUCGACACGCCCAUAGACGCUCAGCCGCGAUUUCAAGUGUGGAUUUGACUGCUAUUUCAGAUGCGAUUGAUACCAGACCGUUUGCCGACAGCGCCCCAUGUACCCCAGCAAACUUGGUCCGGGAUAAUACUCCUGGCGAACCCCCGAAAUCCGUGUCGCACUCUGCCACUAGUAUAUCUCAGCAGGCACCCCCGCCAGAAUCUCCCCGGAUACUCAUAGAUGGGAUGCCCCUAGAUCCACAAAACCCCACGGCGUCGCCACUUUCGAACCAAAUCCUCUCCACAGAAAGGCCAUCGGAAAUAUCUGAACCCAGUAUCGCAAUGCGCCCAAGCCCACAAGCCAGGAACAGUGACACUGCAAUUCCGUUCUCCAAAAGUGAAUCGCCCACCGGACCGCAAAAAUCAAGGCCGAGACCGAGGACCGCAGAUGCUUCGUUGAUGCUUGAACCGACUGGAAGCGAUCUCGACGACGACCAGUCGCCAACUAAGCGCCCUCGAUCCGCCGUAGGGCACGCUCGCCACAAAAGCAUGUCGGCCGGAAUACUCAAUGCCGCUUUGCGAAGGAGCCACGCUGAAAAUGACGGCCUUACGCCAUCACCUCUCAGACAGUCCUCAUCCGAUGACGAUUCCGAUACAUCUUCAGAUGAUCCUCGUGAGACCGCAGAAUCACUUGCUCCCACGCCAAAGAAACGGUCCAAAGCAAAGAAUCGGCAGAAAAAAGUUCGUUCUUGGGCUGGCUCUCUGUUGAUAAAAAGCAAGGGGAAGCGCCAUAGCUCGAAGAAAGAUGCUAUGGAUGCCGAUUCUGGUGAGGUUCCGCCUAUCCUGACUAGAACGAAUUCAGACCUUGGUUCUGGCCUGGAUGUAGAAUUCGACGAUGACAACAUCGUCGUGAUUCGAACCCCUACUAACCCGACUCACCCUGAAACCACACAAGCUGUCAACGAGGCUGAUUCAUGGGCAUCCUUGGAGAAUUCAUGGAAGCCGAGAAGUUUUUAUGAACAAAUCACGACUAACGGUUCUAUGAGCCCUGUCAUCGAUUUAGAUGCGGCUCUGGGCCCUUUCAACACACCAGAGAUGCGCUCUGGUCGUGCUCCAGAGAGCGGCUUUUCUGCUGCGACCAAGCGAAUGUAUUCCGGCGGACGGCGCGGCGAGUUUGUAGGUCCCGAGAUGCGGUAUCACCGGCGGGCAGAGAGUGCCCCUGAGAUGCCUCCGUUUGAUCGCUCAUUCUUAGGAAGCCACCGGUUUCCCACUUCCUCGUCCUUGGAGAACCCGGAUGUGUUCUACGAAGAGGAGGAAGAUGCUUUUUUGGCGGCCACCAGCGACUCUGCCAAAGGCAGCGAGGAACAUCUCCAAAGCGAGCCUACAGAUAUUGAACCCAUCGACGUAAAGUCGGAUCACAGUGGGGAAAGCUCAGAUACCCUGACCCGCCCACCGACGGAUAAGCCCGCAAGUAGUGACGAGCAGGCUGGCCUGGGCAUCCAGGAAACCGAAACGCAGGAAGCGAAAGCAGCUGCUUCGUUGCCUCAGGACAUUCCGACACAAACGGAGCCCCGGUUCUAUUCCAGCCAGUCACAGAAGAAUUUGACGGUUGGUGUCGGUCGACCUAAAACUCCAAUGGAUUAUGGGAAACAGGAGGAUUGGCCCAGCCGGAUGCCUCCCAGUCCCGAAGUUUCCCCUCGCUUUAUACCUGCUGAUUACCGGCCUGUUACCUCUCCCACCGAACUUCCGUCUGCGCUUCCACCGUUCUGCCUUCAUGGCGGUUGCUCUCCUCCAAACUCAGCCUUCCCAUCGCCUGACUUCACCAUCUCCUCGGACGCUCCCCGUUCCAUCACAACUUCGUCGACAACAGAUCCCUUUCCUCACACAUCCGUGGAAGAUGUGCCUUCAUUAACUAGCAGCGCGUCCACGAUGACGAAUACGUUAAAUCGCGUUUCUGCUACCUUUUUUGCGCGACCUCGUUUGUCAACGGAUCGUUCAGCAUCGUUUUCUGCAGCGGUCAAUCGUCGCUCUAGUCAACCUACCUCGAAGAGGUCAAGCCUCGCAAGUCUCUCCAAACUUGUUGUUGGCCCGCAUGCAGAGAGGAGCAAGUUGAGUCACGAAGAGAAACCUCCGACCGACGAACCAGAGAAGGCAAAGAAGAAGGGUCGCCGAAUUAGUCGACUGAUGCAUUUCUGGAGAAUGAAAGACAAAGAAAAGCUGAAUGAACCCGCUGUUCAGGAAUAGCCGCCAUCAUGACGAAAUGCUGCUUCGAAAGCGACUUCGACACUUGUACAUACUAUCCCCAUUUAUGAUUCGUUUGACAUCGCGUCUUCGGCGUAAUGCUUCAAGGCUUUACUAUUUUCAGCCUGUUUCUUUUUUGCUGUUUCUUUCUGCUACCCGGUCUACCUUCAGUUGUUGGGAUACCUGACGAAUCUCUUUCUUGGUAUUUGAUUUCAAGCGUAAGGGUAUGAUACUCCUUCUUUCUCACUGUUCGUGUCUCUCAUUAUGGCCGGUUGCGCUGAUAAAUCGUUUGUUACAACUCUUGUCUCGAUCUGUCGUUUGAGCUCACAUAAUCUUCUUACCAUCCUUUGUAUUUAAUCCUCUUUCGUCUACUUUAUUUUACACAGUUUACUGGCCGAUUCCAGCGCGAGCCAGUUCUGCAUCUGAUCCUGGGGUCUUUCCCGAUCCUUUUGGGAGGUGAAUGUUAGCUGAGAAGCUUGGCCAUAGGCCUUUACACAAUGAAAUCUACACUCCGUGUCACUAUCUCUAUACGAACAGGAAUGGUAGAGGGCGCACUUAAUGGCGUUGAGGGUUUCUCAAUCUACGUCACCAGGUGUGAGACGGCGUAUGUGAAGUGCGCCACUGCUUCGAGCAUCUCCAUAUUCACACACCCUUAUGCUUCUCUGCACGGCCCAUUAGCCCCUGUUCCAACGCAAAAAAAAGGGUAAAUCCUUCAAAGAAAAGAAAAAGACAAAUGAAUUCAAUUCUGAAGAACCCAUAAUCACAGCAGAAAUUCAAAAAUAAAAAUCGACGACUAUGUCAAUAGAGGAUUCCAAAGAUUGUAGAGUAGGGUCUUUUGCGUGGCCCACGGCCAUCUCUGGUAAAAGGCAAGAAAUGGAUUCUGAGCUAGGCCCACGCACCCGU